AGAGCCAAUCAGAGGGCACCGCUGGACGGAGGGCGGGAAAAGACGAACUACCUUCGAGCGGCCAUGGUCCAGGUCUUGGUACCUGGACCUCUAUGGGUUCUAUGGUUGGUGCGGGCGGCGCUGGCCACCGUAUACUUCCAGGAAGAGUUCCUCGAUGGAGAAAGUUGGAGGAAUAGAUGGAUACCUUCCACUAAUGACUCCAACUUUGGGCAUUUUAGGCUAUCAUCAGGAAAAUUUUAUGGUGAUAUACAGAAAGAUAAAGGUCUGCAAACCACAGAAAAUGCAAAAUUUUAUGCUAUCUCCUCACGAUUUAAACCAUUUAGUAAUAAAGGAAAGACUCUGGUUAUUCAGUAUACAGUAAAACAUGAACAGAAGAUGGAUUGUGGUGGGGGUUAUAUUAAGAUCUUUCCUUCAGACUUGGAUCAGAAGAACUUAAAUGGGAAGUCACAGUAUUACAUUAUGUUUGGACCUGAUAUUUGUGGAUUUGAUAUCAAGAAAGUUCAUGUUAUUUUAUUUUACAAGGAUCAAUAUCAUUCAAACAAGAAACCAAUCAGGUGUAAGGUUGAUGGCUUUACACAUUUAUACACUCUGACUUUAAGACCAGAUCUAACUUAUGAAGUGAAAAUUGAUACUGACAUAAUUGAAUCAGGCAACAUAGAAGAGGAUUGGAAUUUAAGACUUAGAAAACUGGAGAAAUCUGCAAUGAAGAUGCCUAAGAACUGGGAAAAAUCUCAGAAUGAUAAGCUCAGUGAUGUUCCAUCUCAGGACUGGGAUAAACAUUUUUUGGAUGCCAGUGCUAACAAGCCUAGUGACUGGAAUAGUGAGUUGGAUGGAGAAUGGCAGCCAUCAGUGAUCCAGCAAACUAAAUAUAAACAUGGAUUGAAAUCACAGAAUAUGGAUAAUUCAGAUUAUAAAGAUGUUUGGCUCCAUCAGAAGAUUGAAAGCUCAGGAUACUUGCAAGAUUUUGAACUCUCAGAAUAUGAGAAUAUUGGUGUUAUUGGACUGGAACUUUGGCAGGUAAGAUCUGGAACCAUCUUUGAUAACUUUUUGAUCACUGAUGAUGAGAAUUAUGCUGCAGAGUUUGGACUGAAAACCUGGGGAAGGACAAAGGGUCCAGAGAAGGAAAUGGACAUGAUACAAGCUAAGGAAGAAAUUAAAAAAGCAAGAGAGGAAGAAGAACAAUUGCUAAGAGAAAGCAUUAAGGAAAAGCAUUUCCAAACUCAACAUGUAAAAGACGAGCUCUAGUUAUCUUUAUUCUUAGUUUUGAUAACUGAUAAUAUUAAUAUGACUUCUAUUUAGUUCUAUAUUUAAAAGGCUCACAUGCUUGCAUAAUAAUUUGUUCUCUGUCAAAAUUUCCUAGAAAAAUGUUCUGCUACUUUUUGGUGGUAUCAUCAUUUACCCCCCCAGACAAGUUCCUGUCUGUCAGUAUGUUACUUUUCAAUCAAAAUUUAAUAUGCAUCAUAUCAAUAAUGGAGGGAAAAGAAAACUUUUGGUUUAAGCUAGAAUUUGGUAAGGCUGUAUAAAACAAGGAUGUGUUAAUGUUUUCUUGAGUUGUGAAUAAUAUAUAUGAACCUUUUCAGUCUAAAAUCUGUAGCCAAAAGUGUUGGCAUAAAAAAUUGUGCAUAUCUAUCAUUCAUAUUUUGUUUUUAUUGGAAAGAGCAAUUAUUUUCACGCAUGCAUUUUCCUUUGCAAUAAAUAUUUUAAGCUUUUGGUCAUUUA